CCAAUCAGCAGCAGAGAUAAGGUCCUCGGGCUCAGGGUGUGGGCCAGCUGGGCCCAAGGCAAACACUCCAUGGUCCCCCAGCAGGCUGUGUGCAGGUGAGGCUGGUCUGUAGCACUCCCCCCGUGGGGCCCUGGUUGCUGGGUGCUAAAGCAAACGGGGUCUGUUUGCCCAGUCUGUGAUGACAAUACCGUCGCCAAAUAUUUGCCAGCCUGGGGAGGCUGCAAAGCCCAGCUAUAAAUGCUUGAGCCCAGGUGGAAGUAGGACUGCCAAACGAAGAGAUACGGCCUGGUCAGCUGGUGUGUGCCACCCCAGAAUCCCCCAGAGUUCAGGGACAGCAAGGAGAUGGCUGCUGGUGUGAUCCAGCCACUCUGUGACUUCCAGCUGCCGCUGCAGUCCCAUCAGCCCUUCCUGCCCUCUGAACCAGAGCCCCUAGAAACUUCUGAGGAGGAAGAGGAAGAGGAAGAGGAGGAGGUAGAGCAGGAGCUGGAGGCUGAAGAGCUGAGGGGCUACAGGCUGGACCCCCAGAGCCCAGAAGUGGCCCCUGAGGGUCCUGACAAUGCUGAGACCCCACAGCAACUGCUCCGCUUUUCCCAGCUCAUCAAUGGUGACAUCCAGCGGUACUUUGGCCCUAAGGACAAGGGGCAGGACCCAGACUCCUGUGAUAUCUAUGCUGACAGCCAGCCAGCCAGCUGCUCUGCCCGGGAGCUAUACUACGCUGAUCUGAUGCGCCUGGCCCAGGGCAAAUCCUCAGAGGACAAGAAGGCCAUUGACUCUGGGGUCUGCUCAACUUGGGUGCUAGAGGGGCCAGCAUGUGGUUCUGCGGAUGGGGUGCCACCACUGGGACCCCUGGCUGAGCUCUUUGACUUUGGGCUACGGCAGUUCCCAGGACCUAGCACAUCUGUUGGUCGAAGGCUGAGACUAGAGCGGAAAUAUGGCCACAUCACACCCAUGACCCAGAGGAAGUUGCCACCGUCCUUCUGGAAGGAGCCAGCACCUAGUGCCUUGGGCCUGCUCCAUCCAGGAACACCAGACUUCAGUGACUUGCUAGCCAGUUGGUCAGCUGAGACCAGCCCAGACCUGCAGGGUGGAGGCACCCAGGCCCUGGAGGGAGCACAGCUGGCCGAGGCCUAAAAAGUAGACAAGAGUCAGGAGAGCACUAGGAGAACAUCAAGGGUUGCCCCAACUCUCCUUCCUGUUCCCCAAGCCCUCUCCCUUCAGGCAGCUUCACAGCUAGCUCACCAGCUCAGGCAAAGCCUCUCUAGGCCCAGGGGCAUAGGCUGGGCUUUUGCUGAGGUCUGAACCUACAACCAUCAGGGCAAGGAGUCGGGAACUGUGGGGCAUCCAGAUCCAGGCCUCGGCCCUUGGCCCCAGAGCCUCCAUAGCACAGGGCACUCAGAAUUAUGCCCACAGGAGGAAGGGACACAGGCAGAAGCUCCCUGAGGCCAUGGGCCUACAUGCUUAAACCUCCUUUCAAAGAGGUUUAUACCCUGCCAGGCCAGCCCCUCCCCGCCCCAAGAUUCAGGUCAGUGGCAAGGGGAUACCAAGAGGGGCCCAUACCAGGCCAGCCCUCCACAUUGUUCCACAAAGCCAGAGCCUAUGGCCCCUGGGCAGGUGGCAGGGCCAUAGACUAAGGGAUAAAACAUGUUUUCUUCGAGGAGAGGUAGGGAGAGGGGUACUGCCUGAUUAUGUGAGCAAACAUGGCUGUUUACCCCCAGGUUAGUGCCAAGAAGCUGCUUCUACCAGUGCUGGAUCAGGCGAGGGCCCUGGCCUCAGGUAUGCAGCUUCUAGGUGUCCUUUCCCCAUAUCCUUUCCAUGACUGAAGUGCAUCCAGUGGCAGGCCUAGGUCCUCUGUGAAGAGUCAGAUGGAGUACCUUCCUGGUGCAGUGGGUUUUCCAGACCACCAUGGAAAUGUGGCGAGGCAGGGCAGGAAGGAGCCCAGAGGGUGA